AUGAGCGCUACCGUUACCAUGACCAGUCCUCCUGAGAUCACGGCUGACAAUGUCGCCGUACUCUUUCCCGAGGUCGAUACAUCACUGGCCCGUGAAAUCCUCCCCACCAGCACAUCGAAUGUUACCCGCGGGAGCGAGCUCGAGGGCUAUGAUGAGGAGCAGGUCCGUCUGAUGGACGAGGUGUGCAUUGUUCUCGAUAACAAUGAUCGGCCUAUUGGAAGUGCCAGCAAGAAAAUCUGCCAUUUGAUGACCAACAUUGACAAGGGACUUCUUCAUCGCGCCUUCUCGGUUUUCCUGUUCGACUCCAAUAAACGCCUCCUGCUGCAACAGCGCGCCACCGAGAAAAUCACAUUCCCCGACAUGUGGACCAAUACCUGCUGCUCACACCCCCUUGGAAUUCCAGGCGAGACAGGCUCCGAGCUGGAUGCUGCCAUCAUGGGCGUGAAGCGUGCUGCGCAGCGCAAGCUGGACCAUGAAUUGGGCAUUAAGGCAGAGCAGGUGCCCCUGGACAAGUUCGAGUUCUUCACCCGAAUUCACUACAAGGCCCCCAGUGAUGGAAAGUGGGGUGAACACGAGGUGGACUACAUUCUCUUUAUUCAGGCCGAUGUCGAUCUCAAGCCCAGCCCGAACGAGGUCCGGGACACCGCCUACGUCUCCGCCGAUGAGCUUAAGGCAAUGUUCGAGAAACCUGGCUUGACAUUCACUCCCUGGUUCAAACUCAUCUGCAAUUCGAUGCUGUUCGAGUGGUGGAGCCACCUUGGUACACCCGCCCUGGACAAGUAUAAGAACGAGCAGGAGAUCCGUCGGAUGUAA